AUGGACACCGCCAUUGACCUAUCCGAUGCCUCCAAGGCAUUGGACCUUGCCAACAUCCGAUUCCAACUAAUCCGACUCGAGGAUACAAUCACCUUCCACCUAAUUGAGCGAGUCCAGUUUCCACUUAACAAAACCAUCUACGUCCCCAAUGGCGUUACAAUCCCCAACAGCAGCCUCAGUCUAAUGGACUACCUCCUCCGGGAACAAGAACGGCUCCAAUCCCGCGUGCGGCGCUACGAGUCCCCCGAUGAAUACCCUUUCUUCUCCGACGCCCUCGAACCCCCCAUCCUCGCCCCGCUGCAGUACCCGCGCAUCCUGCACGACAACGACGUCAACGUCAACGCCGUGAUCAAGGAGCGCUACAUCAACGAGGUCCUGCCCGCUGUAUGCCCGCAGUUCGGCCGUGAAGACCGCGGCGAGACGCAGGAGAACUACGGGUCGGCGGCGACCUGCGAUGUGGCCUGUUUGCAGGCGCUGUCGCGGCGCAUUCACUUUGGAAAGUUUGUCGCCGAAUCGAAGUUUCAGAAGGAUCCUGAGACCUUUGUGCGCUUGAUCAAGGCUGGGGAUCGCAAGGGCAUCGAUGCUGCUAUUACUGAUUCGCGCGUUGAGCAGAAGGUGCUUGAGCGUCUGGGGCUCAAGGCGAAGACGUAUGGCACGGAUCCUGCGUUUCCCGACGAGAAUUCACAGAAGAUCAACGUCGAUGCUGUCGUGGCCGUGUACAAGGAAUGUGUGAUUCCGUUGACCAAGAUCGUCGAGGUGGACUAUCUUAUGCAGCGGCUGAAGGGAACCCAAUGGGAGUAA